GGUCAUGCUUAUAUUUCCGGGUGACUGUGUGUCUGUGUAUGCGUGGAGUUUGUGGAUUUCAAGUAUAAGUAACGUAUUUAAGUGAUCCUGAUGGAGUGACAGUGUCAACCACAAGGCGUCCCGGAAAGAAAUAGUACAACGUCGUUGUUAGUACCCGAUAUAGGAUACCCAUCCAACAACACAGAAUGAUGGAGCAGAAUGGAUGGGGGCCUCCUGCUGUAGACCUCAACUUCCUCAAGUCUGGGUUAGGAGUGCUCAAACUAGUACAAAUGUUACUAAGCCUUGUAGGCUUCAUCAUAGCAGAAGUUACAGCAUCACCGUACAACUGGGAGCAGAUGAAAGCCUAUGAGUGGAUCUCUCUGACUAUCUUCAUCCUGACCUUGGCCGUGUUCACCAUCUUCCUGGCCUCCUGGCACAAGAGUGAGGCUGCAGCCAGGGUCAACUGGCCUCUUGUGGAUUUUUGCCACUCAGCUCUGUGUACAGUGAUGUGGGCAAUAAACUUGAUCCUGGGACUUCAGCUGGGCUUCAGCUGGCGGUAUUUCCCACCCAGAGAAGGUGGUCCUAUUGCGGGUGUAACGGACUUUUGCCACUCAGCUCUGUGCACUGUGCUAUGGUCAAUAAACUUCAUCUUGGCGCUUAUUUCAAUCAGCUGGCGUUGGCCAGGUAGAGAAGCCGGGGCCAUUGUCGACACGAUUCUGGCAAUUGUCUCCUUGCUGACAUUUUGGGCGACUGUUCGGAUGUCGUAUCGGCGCUGGCACCUCUUCAGUCCCACACCAACCAUACCCUACCACUACCAACAUCUCGGAACCGAGCCAUACUCUUAGACAAUGGGCCACUGGCACAAUUGCUGAAUGGAGAAAUGGUCUUCAUUUCAUUUACUAACAUAUAAUUAUAGCCAUGCUCAACCAACUUCUAUGCCAUUUUGUAAGAAGGGAGCAUUAAAAAACGACUGGAUGGGUUUGUCAUUUUCCGAACCGAUCUCUUAAAACCAAAAUAGACAACUUCUAAAUUUGACAACAUCAAUUGAUCAUUUUGUUCUUCCUACUUUGAGUUUCAAAGAUGGGUUAUAACUUUUGAGAGCAAUAAAAUGUCUUAGAAAAAGUGUACAUUUACAAGGUGUACGUGUACUUUUCAGAUAUAAAUGGUCAGUAUUAGUGUAUUUAAUAUAAAUAGUAGACUUCUCUUAUGGUUUCUUGUGUAUUAAAGAAAUCAUUGUAAUAUUACAGAAGGUGCUUUAUGUUGAUGAUACAAGAGCUGUUCAGUAAAGACUUCCCCUAACCCACUUUAUUCAAUACAUAUUUCAAUGGGUCACAUAGAACUGCAUGCAUUUUUCAUUUCUGAACAUCUCACAGUUUCUCCUUUCCAGCUGCUAGUGCGUAGUAAGGUGUGAUAGUAGAGCCACUAGAAUUCAGUCAUCAACUCAAAACAAAGAACUUUGGGAGCCAAAAAGUGAAACCGUUAGGAGUUCAGAAAUGAAAAUAUAAUUAAUAAAGAUAUGAAUAAUGUUACACAUGAACUUCCUACAAUCUGUAAAUUGCAUCAGGGGAAAUCUUUAAUGAGCACUUGUAUCCAUAUUGUUUGUUGCUAUGGUAGGACAAUAUUGUUUUCUAUGUAAUGUUACAAUGUACAAUAUUACUGUAGAAUGUUCUGAAGUACAUAAGAAAAUUGUUGUGUAUACACUAAUAAGGUAGUAGGUUCAAGCAAAGUAUGCAUGUGGCAAUGAUUUGUUAAGUGCUGUAAGCCAUGUUGAAGUGUUGCAAGCACACUGUAAUAUAAGCACUUCUGACAUCCUGUUGGUUGAUGAAUGAUUAACAGAAACUUGAUAUUCCACCUGAAGGUGUGUAAGGUGGCAUCUGAGGUUAGCUCCUAUAUCCAGUAAAUAUCGUUGUAUUGGUACAAAUCUUGGGUUGGUUGUUCCAAUAGUCAAACAGUUACUUGUUGCCUGGUCAAUGAUAUAACAGCCUCAUAAAUCAAAUGCAGGCUCCAGAUUGGUCACUGCCUUACGACUAUUUGAUUGCCAAUCACAACACACUCUCUACAAUGUUUGUCUACUGUGUUGACCAAACAGGAAUAUCAUCCAAAUUUUGCAUAGAAUUAUGUUAAAUAGAAUCUUAAUAAUUCCAUCACAAGUCAUAACGCUGUGAUACUUUUGUUUAAUGUAAGAUUAUACAGAGAAUAUUAAAUGUUCAUUAAC